CCUGUCUUUUUCCCAACAGAAGUUGCUUGUAGGAAAUCUGCCAUAUUGGAGUCCCUUUGCAUGGUGACACGCUCCUUUGAAAUACUUGCUGGAGAAAGCAUCCCUGAAUUUGUGGAGAAGCCUCAUCCAGCAACAGCACCUGAGGGAGAUAAAGCAAUAUUCCAAGCUAAAGUGAAAGGUAACCCAAAGCUUAAUGUAACAUGGAGAAGAGAGAGUGGGAUACCAGUAAAAGAAGGGUCCAGAUUUUUUUUUUACAGUAUCAAUAAUGAGUAUAUGGUGAAGCUUGAAUGCCUCUCCUCAUACAAUGCCAAUAACUACAAGUGCAUAGUUUCCAGUACCCAUGCCGAUGCCAUCUACACACCCUGAUCACGACUGAAAGCAAGUGUCAGGGAAAAGUUGGAUUUCAAAAAAAAAAUGCUUAAGAAGAGGAGACCUCCAGCACCAAAGAAGAACAUAAAGAAGGUAGCUGAUGAGAAAGAAACGUUGGAGAUCCUUUCUGAAGUGCCAAAGAAGAACUAUGAGAAGAUCUGCAUGGAGAAUGGCUACACCGAUUUCCUUGUGCUCCUCAAAAAGAUGAAAGAGAUGGAGAAGAAAGUGAAGACUGAGGCAGGCAGAAUUCUGAAGCCCCUUGAGGACACUGAAGUUGAAGUAGAUGCCACUGCUGUGUUUAAUGCCAUUCUGGAACUGAAGGACCCCAGCAUUAAAAUGACCUGCUAUAAGGUAGCUUCCCUCAUUUCUCUUUGGGUGAAAAAGGGCAAGCCUUUGUGUUCCAUAUAUUCCAUGGGAAAAUACGAUAUGAAGCAGAUUGGUAAGAACUAUAUAUAUAUGCUGUACAUUGCCAACAUGAAUGAAAAAGACCUGGGCACCUACAGUCGUCUUGUGGCUGACAAGAAAAUGUCUGCUGUGUCGAGAGUGAUAGCACAUGAGCCCCUAACAUUUUUGACAGAACUGAAACCACUGAAAGUGACAGAAAGGCAGGCAGCACUGUUUGAAAUCGCCUGUCCAAAAAAAGUGCCAAACUUCACCUGGAAGUUCAAUAAGGAGGAGUAGCGGGGUGAUAAGUACAAGAUCAUCACAUCUGAUGAUAGAUUAACUUUCACUUUGAAAAUGAAGGGUUUUCUGUCCAAUGACCUUGGGGAAGUCAGUGCUGAGGCUGGAGAUACAGUGCGGAAAGCUCCACUCGUAAGAUCAGCUUCACUGAUCUUAAGGAUUCCGAUUAAGUUCAUCACCAAUCUCAAGAACUUCCAAAGGAAAGAGAAGGGAAAAGCCUGCCUGGAGUGCAAGCUGACUUCUAAAGACAUCACCCUGAACUGGAUGAAGAAUGGGCAGGUGAUUGAGAGGUCUCCUAAGUAUAGCAUGAACCGUGAAUGGAAGACAGCAGAGGUUAUCACUGAUGAUGCUGAGCUGGGUGACUCAGGAGAUUACACAGUGUUUGUUAUGCAAGACGAUCCUAAUGAGUAUUACAGCAAUGCCGAUGUAACUGUGAAAGAGAGAUUUGCCACCAUAAAGAGUGGUACGUCCAGUGUUCAUGCUCCACCUGGGGGUCCUGCUGAGCUCUCUGUUGUCCUGGAUGAUAAGAAGGUGGAGGGGAUAUGCCUCAAGGAUGACAAAGAGAUUACAGACGUGAAAGGGUUCCAUACAGUGAAGGAGGGAGCUGUCCACAAACUCACCACCGAAAAACAGGGAAGGAGCAUGACAGGAGAUCCUCCUGUUACUGAAGAAUUUGUCUGGGACCUUUUUGCUGCACACCCCGUUACUAUGAGGGCUGGGCAUACAGCAAAUAUCAAGUUGCCUUUCAAGGCAGAAUCAGUGCCCAAAAUCGUGUGGUUCAAAGAUGGUAUCGAGGUGACAGAAGAGAAAGUGGUGAUGGAGAAAGCCAGUGAUUAGGCCUUACUCACAAUCAAAAACUGUAUGAGAGAAGACAGUGGAGCCCAUAUGCUGAAGCUGAAAAGUGACUGUGGCUCAGAUUCUGCUAGUCUUUACCUCAGUGUUGUUGAUAAACCAAACCCACCACAGGGGAAAGCAGAGUUCCUGGCACACGGAAAAUGCAUUCAAAUGAAAUGGAAAGCACCCAAAGACAAUGGAGAAAAGCGUGUGACUCACUUCAUCAUCGAGAGGAGGAUGGCUGGGAAAAAAUCUUGGAUCAAAGUAGGGGAGGUGGGGAGCAAGUACACCAUGUUUGCCGCAGAUCAGGUGGAGGAAGGGAAAGCCUACCAAUUCAGAAUCCUUGCUGUCAACUCUGAGGACCUCAGUGAACCACUGGAAAUAGAAGAAGUGUUUGCUGGAGAAGCCAUUGGCCUUCCUGGACAGGCAUCUCAGCCUCAAGUUGCAGAUAGCAGUAAAGAAGCUGUCACUAUCACGAACUCCCCAGCCCAGGAUGGCAGCUCCCCAGUGCAAGGCUACAAUAGGAAGAAGGGCAGCAACAUUUGGGUUCUGGUAACCAAGGACCCUGUCCAAGGUACCAAAUUCAAAGCAGAUGGUUUGCUGGAGGAUACAGAUGAGUUCUGUGUGAUGGCGGUGAACCACGCAGGCCCUGGACAUCCCAGUGUAUCCUCAAGUUCUGUUGUUGCAAAGGAUCCCAUCAAGCCUCCAGGACUGGUGAAGGGUCUCUACAUGGUUGAUUCUUCCGACUCCAGCAUUUCCUUAGCCUGGGAGGAGCCAGACCAAGGAGAUGUGCCCUCAGGAUACAUACUAGAAUGUGUCAAGAUCCCAAUCUCUGGUAUCAGUUACACUGUGGGAAGCCUGCAGGAGAGGCAGAAAUACUUCUUCCAAAUCUGAGCUGUGAAUGAAGCUGAUGUGGGAUAAACAGUGGAGUUACAGGAAGGAAUUCUAGCAAUGCCAUCUCCAGCUCUUCCUAGGUUUGAUCUGACUGCAAGUCUAAAGAGCCACAUAGUGGUUCAUGCUGGGACAGCACUAUGCAUUCAUAUAUCUUUCUCCGGCUCCCCACCACCAGCAGUGACCUGGCAAAAAGGUGGCAUACCAACAAAAGGGAGAGAGAGCAUCACAAAGGGCAACUCCUAGUUCCUUACCCACAGCACCAAACAAUUUGAUUCUGUACCAUUCAUCCUCAAGAAUGAUUACAGAGAAGCACAUUACAACAUUCAAGUGCAAGUUGCAGAUUUUCUGUGACCAACCACUAAUCUGCAGCUGGUUGAGGAAGUCCCAAACACCAUGACCCUAAAAUGGAAUCACAGCCUAGAUGUAGAAGAUGAGCAGACUUUUUACGUUAUCCUGAAACGUGAUGCUAGUGCUGCCACGUGGUUUGCAGCUGCAGAGAAGGUCUACAGCAAUAAAUACGCUGUCACAGGCCUGCUCCCAGGGAUGAAGUACUUCUUCCGAGUCAUUGCCCACAGUGACAUUGGGGACGGCAGUGCUCUGGAUUCAGAGGAGCCAUGGUACAUCUCCAAAGAGAAGGGUAAGCAUGAAAAGAUAUGCCAGUACUGGAGGAAGAAGGGUGCUCCUAUACGCAAAGCCAUGGACUGCAGGAGAAGACUCCUUGUCCUGUUGGGGCUGGCUGUGUAUGUGGGUUGGACACUUCUACGGUGCAAAACAGCCCAUAGUGACUCUGUGUCCUUGGCGGAGCGUUUUGGUUUCAAGAUGAAUGGGUGUCCCCAGGAGGGCUGGCUCCAUGCCCCCCCACCGCUGAAGAACCACACCAAGAGCCACAGCGACGACUGCAGCAUGACCUGUGCUUUUGUCAGCAACCCCUGCACAACAGUGACCCUAUACAAGGGCAACGUUAACAUCAUGUCCAACUCCAGGUUGUGGUACAACUCAGCAAGCCAUGUCUGCACACUAAUCCCACCUUGCAGUUCCAGGGACAGCAGCGAACACACCAUCACCGUUGAGAACAAGCUAGGAAAAGAGAAAUGCAGCUACAAGCUCACUGUCUAUAUGGUAAGUCAGAUUGGCAGCAGCUGUGGUUCCUGGGGGUGAUAUUCUGCAGGUUGAAUAGCUCUAAAUUUCAGGUCUAUGAGUAUGGUUUGCACCCUGCUAUUUUCCAAGACAGACACACUUACCAGGCUGGCCUUGUGGACCAUACUUCUCUGGGCCAGUUUGGCUCUCAUGCCUGCCCAAAGAGGAAGCAGUUGUUCAGUCCAUAGGUACUGCAGCUGGAGCUGCAAGGGCCACAGUUUGUAAGGACUUGUUUUCACAUCUGAAAACAGGUCUUACUCUGACUUUGUCUUCCCCUGAAGUCACUGAGACUUGCCUUCAGUUGCCUGAAAGCAGAAUCAGAUCCCUUAAAAUGGUGCAUUGUGGCUAGCAAGUCUCAAGAAUCCCCCUAGAUGGCCAUUUCUCAGUCUCUAACCAGGUUUGCCCCUGCACCCAUGGCAACCUCGCACCUUCAAGCAGUCAACUGAUGUGUUCUGACAACAGCUUUGUGCUUUUUUCACAUAUACUGCAGACACCAUGCUAUGUAAAUCUGUUCUCUUCCUUUGUGAAAUAGGAUUUUGCCAACGCUGUAUGAACGGUCGUAAAAAUUUCCAAGACAAAAAGGAUGGGGAAAAAAAAUUAGACUUACAUAUUCCUCCUCCCCCCGCCUUUUUUCCAUGCCAGAAGCUCCCAUAUGGUGGGUUUAAAUCGGACUGUAACACAGUAGCCUGGUUCCAACUGGCUUGGAUUGAUCCUGUAAUGUGGACAAGACACCUGGCCUCCCCAUGUCAUGAUUCCCAAACUUAAAACUUGCAGAUUGGUCUUGGGAUAUAUAUGGCAGUGCUUUGAAAAAUCUGCUGUAUCCUGAGAGUUGUAGCAGCCCCUGGUAAGUUCACCCUACUUAUAACUAACCAGGAAGCCAUCAAGGUUAAACAUCUGAGGGAGAAUUCUCCAUCCUUUUGUCUGAUGUGAAACUGAAGUUUCCCCAGUUUUCUCUUUCUCCAAGCACAGACUUUGGUGCCUCAGGGUCUGUUGUUGUUCUCUUAAAGGAAACAAAAGGGACAUCCUGCCAGGCACAGCUUGAAAUGAAACUGAUACAGCACCAAUAAUGAGCGGCUAUGUUUGGAAGGAUCUUUUAGGGUUAUUUCUGUCUGUGAUCAUUGCUUCUGCUGACAACUGCUGAGGCCACUGCUCUGGAGGGUUCAGUCCUUUCUGCCACAGCAGCUAAUGCAGAAGUAGUUCAGUGUGGCUCACUGCAGGGAAAGGAUAUGCACACCGCGCCCCCUGCUCUAACGUUCAAGCAGUCUCGUCUGUCUUUGUGUGUAGGAUAUACUCAAGGCAGUUUUUUAACUGAAGUUAGCCAUCACUGAUGUAAAAGACUAAUUCAUUACUAGUUUUUAAGAUUACUUGGUAUUAUUUGUUCUCACACUUCCUAUGCUCCCUGACACACUCUUCCCUGAAGCCACAAUUUAAAACCAGGGCUAACAGCUGGAGCAGUUUCUUAGUCUCCAAAAUCAAAGGGAGCUUUCCCUGGCCUGCUGCCACUGUACUCUUCCCCAGCUGGGCUUCCACAAGAGGCAUCGUGGCAGUCCUGCUGCCUAGGCACUGCCUCAGCCCCCAGGCUCAGGAAGGGUAGGUAACUCUAAGGGGCAGGAGAACAACUUUCUAUCCCCCUGGAGAUCUGAUUGCUGGGUAGGACUUACCUUCUGCCUUCCCACACAGAGCUUGUUGAAGUAAGAAUAAACCUUAUUCAAAGAAGCCUUUUUCUAAGCAGCAGUGGUUAAAGAGUAAGGGUUGCAGAAGUACUAUGUGGGUGAGGUGCUAAUUUGUAUUCAGAUGCCUUAAUAGUCCCUUAUGGUGCCUGUUAGCAAUCAGAGUUUGUUUCUGGGCCCCUCCUGCAGUCUCUCCUUGCCUUGAUUUCUAGGUAGGCUCUAGAGGAGGGUCUCUCUGCAGCUGGGGGUAUUUGCAACUGAGUGAGGUGGGGAGAGAUGUACCAAAAGGAAAAAAGGUAUGAUAAAACUGAUUUUAGGAGAUGAGAGUUUUGCUUCAAAUUGAGCUUAGCCAUGGGUUUACUGUAGAUCUGAGGAACUGUGUGCAAAUUACUAAUUCUGGAUAGCUGUGCAGGAGUCUCAGCUGCUGAUUUUUAUAUUUACUCUAUAGGAGCUGGACCUCUGUUUCUCAAAAAACUGUCUCCUCUUCUCCUAAGGUAUCCUAUUCUGUCUCUUCCCUUCAUGGAAGAACAUUCAAAUUCCUCUGUUUAGCCAUGUUUUCAGUUUUACUCCUUCUGUCAAAAACAAAUAGGGUAUGUCCCCACAUCUAUGAAACAUAGCAUCUUCCCUGCUGUUUUAGUUCAGAAGGGGUGAAUCUCAUUUUCCUUAUGCUUAGAGGUGGCAUGGUGCAGAGGACACAAAGCCUAUUAGACCCAGAGCAACUCGUUCAGAACAGUAAUGAACUGAACAAGGGAAAUGAGAAUGGAAAUGGGAACUCCCAAACUUGACUGCUCAUUUCCUAUGAAAACUGACCAGACAGCACUCUUCCUUUAUACAGUGAACGAUAAAACAUUUUAGGCAGCACUUUCUAAGAGUUAAAGUAAGAACAUAGGGUUGAUGGCAGUGACACUUCUCUUUUUUUUCCUCUCUCUUGGGAAAAGGAUGGUAAAAGGCUCCUGGACACUGACAGAAAGUUUGCAGAAGUCAAAGCACAUAAUGUAAUUAGUAGAACCAGCUCUGCCUGGCCCAACAUGCAGAACAGCGUCAGUGUGUCUGUGUAGUUUGACUUUGCUUGCGUGGCUCAAAAUGACACUGCCCCUCGUUUCUGUAAUAGGCAGUUAAACCAGAUGGUGACGUGUGGGGCCUCUGCUAAGCAGGGGCAGUUCGGAUGGUUCGGUACUUCCUCCCUCUGAGUGGUGGUUUCAACCACCAGUGGGCAUGUGAAAGGUGAUAUUUCUGCAAAUGUAUCUUAACAAUAAAAGGAGGCAAAGAUUGCUGUUCUCUCUUUUAUAUCAGUUUGCUUCUGCACUGUUAAGUGAGAAUCCUGUUUCUGAGUUCAGGAGAAGAGCUAGAUUCUGCUUCAUUUGCCAUGUCCCCAGAUAGCCCAG